GCACGCUUUACGUGUCUGUCAAUGUGGCUGUGAUGUUCUCAGGAUGUGUGCAAUCCACAUCAAAAUAUUAGUUAGAAAAAAGAAAUAUUAAUUAUGGGAGAUGAGCACCCACCCCAGGUUAACAACACUAGCAGCUCCCGCCGUUCUUUCUUCAACGCAGCGCCCGACGAUUAUCGAUGUGAUGUGAUUCUUAAAGUGAAAAGAGCCACAGGGACAUUUUCAUUAGUGGCAUGCUUUUUCAUGCUGUUUGUGAUAUGGCUGUUCCGCCGAUAUAACUCUUUGGCUCAGAAAAUGAUAUUUAGUCUGACAGUAGCUGCAUUUUUUGACAGUGUUGCUUAUGUUAUGGGAGAGUCUCAUCCAGAGGGGAAUCUGUGUAAUUUUCAAGCCUGGUGGCUCACAUAUUUUGACUGGACUGCGCUGAUGUGGGUUUGUCUUAUUACUUUUAAUCUGUACCUGAACCUGGUGAGAGAAAUUAGAACUGAACAUUAUUAGAUACUAUACCAUGUGGUGGCAUGGGGGGUUCCUCUGCUCAUGUCCACCCUCCCCCUGAUGGCUGGAUACUACGGUCCUGCUGGAGCCUGGUGUUGGAUCACAGAUAAUCAUGUUGGGUGGAGGUUUGGCAUAUGGUACGUUCCUCUGUUUAGCCUGCUUAUCCUCAUGAUCUGCUGUUAUGCUCAAAUCAUCUGUGGCCAACCGGAGGAUGCAUUCCUGGUUAGGCCCCAAACAAUACUGACACCGUGUGAACACACCAUUUUCAUAUAA